CUUCAACAUCCAUACCAAACUCCAAGGAAACGCCCAAAUACCCAAUCCAAAAAGAUAACCCAACCAAAAACCUCUCUUUCCCCUUUCUUAUCCCCAAAUCCCAAACUCCCACACUCACUAUGGUACUAACAAUGUCUCUCACUUCCUCACUCAAUUCCCUCACUCUCUCCACCCCUUUCCUCAAUGGCACCGCUCCACUUUCAAACCUCUCAAAACCCACUUCAUCUCUCUCUCUCCAACACCCAAACCCCUUUUCUUUUAUGCCUCCAGUUAGGGCCAUGAAGUCGAUUCAAGGCAGAGUUGUUUGUGCAACUAAUGACAAGACAGUUUCAGUUGAAGUAACAAGAUUAGCCCCACAUCCUAAGUACAAAAGAAGGGUUAGAAAGAAGAAGAAGUUUCAGGCUCAUGACCCUGAAAAUCAGUUCAAAGUUGGUGACUUGGUUCAGCUGGAAAAAAGUAAACCCAUCAGCAAGACUAAAGCUUUUAUUGCUAUUCCUGUUCCUGCUAGGAUUAGGAAGGAGAAGAAACAAGAGAAUGAUGAUGGGGGACUUGGGAUUCCAUUGGAGUCUCAACAGGAACAGCAGGUUUAAUGUGAGGUCCGUUGUUGUGUAAUUUGUGCUUCAAUUGUGAAUUUUUGUGAUGUAAUUUGAUAAUUGCUACCAUGAUGAUGAAUGGAUAUUUCCGUGUAAUUUAUUUAACGGUUGUGGGAUUGAUUUUGUUUCA